AUAAAUAUUUUGAUUCUUGUGUAGUAUCACAUCUGCAAUUGGCUCAAAAUAUAAGAUUGUGUUGUUGAUGUGAGAUUCAGCCCUCUGUGUUUUACAGGACUAUCCUUUUGUACUAUCUCAAACCCGUACAAAGGGUGUAGAUACUGUAACUUCCCCUCCUACAUUGCUUUAGAGACCCUUUCUGAGUAGUAUCUUGACCUAUGAUGUUACAGUGUCUCAAAUUCCCCGAGUAAGCUGUAUGUCCAUGACCUCAGAAGAGCUGCUGUCUGAGAGAAAGAUGAACUGCAGUGAUGAUAGAGGAGUUACAAUAAGUCAUCUGAGGUGAGCACUGCUACCAUAUUAAUGAGACUUGCCAGCUGUACAGCUCAUAUUUCUGGCAAAAUCCAGUUUUUCUAAAGGUGCCAGUUACUCUCUGUUGAUAUUUAGUUCAUUACUUUUUCUUCCUUCGAAGCAGCAAUUCACCUCAAACCUCCUGAACAAAGCCUCUACAGCUUAAAGCUAUCCUGAUGCUGUGCUGUGUUUUGAAUUUGUCCUUGAAACCUAAUGGCCAAUCAGAAAAUCUGCCUUCCCUCUUCCCACUUGCACAAUCCAGUCAGUUGUCAUGUACCAUAUCUAUAGAAGGGUCUUGGUGCUAUAAGUGUUGCCACCCUGAGUUAGUGACAGGCUCCUCCCCCACUGUGAACUAUUUAUCCUCGCUGGUCUCCUUUCUCUGCAGCUGUUUCCACAACUAUCCAGAUGGGAUAUUACCUACCGGAGCUGAACAGCAAAUAAAUGGACCUGGAAAUUUGUUUCGCAGUAAGAAGCAAGCAAUUAUUGGAAAAUAUCAUACCAGCCGAGUUCUCAAUAUGUCAAGGCAGUUGUUAGAUGAAGGGCACGAGGAUCCAGCAGAAUAUCACACAGGAGGUUACCAUCCAGUGAAAUUAGGGGAUAUCUUUAAUGGAAGGUAUCAAGUGGUGAGAAAGCUAGGCUGGGGCUAUUAUUCAACAGUGUGGCUUUGCCAGGAUCUGCUAAAAAAUAAAUUUGUGGCAGUAAAAGUGGCGAAGAGUGCGAGGGGGUUUUCAGAGGCAGCUCAGGAUGAGAUCAGGCUUCUGAAAUGUGUAAGAUGGAAAUGCUCAAAGGACCCAGGCAAAGAGCGAAUUGUCCAGCUACUGGAUGAUUUUAUAAUAGUUGGUUCGAAUGGUGUUCAUGUGUGCCUGGUUCUUGAACUGCUCGGAGAUCACCUUCAUCGAUGGAUUCUCGAGUCAAAGCUGCAGGGGCUGCCCAUGACUUGUGUCAAAAAGAUUAUCCAGCAGGUACUUCAAGGUCUCGAUUAUCUGCACACAAAAUGCAAAAUCCUGCACACAGAUAUCAAACCAGAGAAUAUCCUUUUGUGUGUCAAUGAACAAUACCUCAGUCGAUUGGCAGCUUCUGUACCAAAGGAAGUGGGGGAAGCAACUCUGAGAUUAUCAGAGGUAACGCAAGCAAAACAAUCACUUGUAAACCCUUUGAAUCCUACGCAUGCUGAGGAAAUAGGCGUGAAAAUUGUGGACCUGGGCAGUGGCUGCUGGAUGUUUAAGCAUGUUUCAGAGGAGAUCCAGACCAGACAGUAUCGAGCACUGGAGACCAUCCUUGGAACUGGCUAUGGGUCUCCUGCUGACAUAUGGAGCACAGCCUGUAUGGCAUUUGAACUGGCAACAGGCGAGUACCUAUUUGACCCUCGACCUGGAAAGACCUUCACUCAAGAUGAGGAUCAUGUUGCACAUAUUAUUGAACUGCUGGGGAGAAUCCCAUUGAAUUGUGCAUUAUCUGGAAAGUACUCCAAAGAAUUUUUCAACCUGAAAGGUGAGCUACGUCAUAUCAAGACAUUAAGGCACUGGGGAUUGUACGAUGUACUUGUAGAGAAAUAUGAGUUUCCCUUGGCAGAUGCAGCUAUAUUUUCAGAUUUUCUCCAUCAAAUGCUCAGGUUUAUACCAGAAGAACGGGCAACUGCAGCAGAAUGCCUUCAACAUCCAUGGCUGACCAUUUAGUUCCCUGAAAACUUUCUUCCUAUUACUUGCUGAAACGGAGGUAUAACUUUCUACUGGGUAAUGGAAGUUGCUGGAUAAUUGAGGAUCUGCAGCAUUUAGUGCACUGUGUUUUGCACAAAAAUAUAUUAGAGACUUUGGAAUGAAAUCAAAUUAAUACAUUCUCAAAAUAAAAUAUAAAUAACAAAAUAAUCUUUUGCAGUGAGGUGAUGGCUCACUCAAGGCUUUGUCGUGUGAAUAUUCUCCUUGAUAAUUACAUUAUGGAAGCUAUGAUUCUGAUUGAUGAUAAUACUGGUCAAAUCAAAUUCUAGUGAUUUACCAUAAGUUUAUAACACACAAAGAAAACUACAUGCAUUUUAUGCUAUAUAAUAAGUAUGUGCCACAAUUAUAUUACAAUUUUAAAAAAUAAAGCUUCAACAUUUUUACCCUCACAAUAACCUUACAGGUAGUCAAACCUCAGUGAAAAGUCAUCCUAUUUACACUUUAAAGUUGCUUGUUCAGUUGUACUUAGGUUAUUUUUGGCUGCUAUUGAACUCUUUCCAUGCUAUUAUCUUAAGGAGACCCUCAAAAAAACUGCUAGCACAAUUAACUUACUCUUAACCUAUUUCAUAAAUUCUUGCAAUCAACACUCUUUAGGAUGUCUUCCUGUCUGGCACCUUAAAACCUUCCAUAGCUGGAGCUUUUCUCUUUCUAAUUUCUAAGCCACUCAGGUAUUCUUUUCUUCUGGAUGACUGUUUUGGAGACUGCUAAAUUGCAUUACCGAUGUUACAGGCUUCAUUUUCAUUCAUUCAGGGAUGUAGCCCGCAUUUAUUCCUCAUUCCUAAUUGCCUUUAAGAGGGUGGUGGUGAGCUGCUUUCUUAACCCGCUGCAGUCCGUUUGCUGGAGGGAGAUCCAUAAUGCUGAUGGGGAGGGUGUUCCAGAAUUUUGACCCAGUUACAGUGAAGGAACAGUGAUAUAUUUCUAAGUAAGGGUAGUGAAUGACUUGGGGGGGAAACAUUGCAAGUGGUUCCAAGUUUCUGAUGCCUUUGUCUCUCUAGAUGAUAGUGGGCAUGGACUUGGAAGGUGUUGUCUAGGAAGCCUUGGGGAAUUUCUGCAGUGCAACUUAUAGAUGGUACUUACUGCAACAACUGCGUGUAUGUGGUGAAGGGAGUGAGUGUUGUGGAUGUAGUGCCAAUCAACGAGGCUAUUUUGUCCUGAUGGUGUCAAGCUUUUUGAUUAUUGUUGCAUCUGCAAUUAUCCAGGCAAGUUGGGAGUAUUCCAUCACAAUCAUGACUUGUGCCUUAUGGAUGGUUGUCAGGCUUUAGAGAAUCAGGAGGGGAGUUGUUCACCACAGGAUGCCUAGCAUCUGAUCCAUUCUUGCAGCCACUGUAUUUAUAUGAUUAGUCCAGUUCAGUUUCUGGUCAAUGGUAACCGGUAAGAUAUUUCUUUGUGAAUGGCUUGCUUCAUGCUCUGAAAGAAAUCUGCACAUUCACUGAUGUUCCAGAUUGUUCUGUUUCUUUCUGACAGACAACUUUUUUAGAUUAGAUUAGAUUACUUACAGUGUGGAAACAGGCCCUUUGGCCCAACAAGUCCACACCGACCCGCU